AUGGCGCGUGCUCUUGGGCUGUGUUUGAUCGGGCAGACAUGGACCGCGACCUCCGAGGGCCCCCCUGGGCAUCUCCAGCCGUUUGGCAGUUGGAGAGCUGGGGAGCCAGUGGAGGAGCGGAAUGAUGUUCCCGAGCCUGAAGAGUUUUACAAAGAGUACUGCACCUCUGACAAGGGCAGCGGCAGGCCUGUGGUGUUUCGAGGUGCAGCAGCUUCUUGGAAGGCCAUGAAAUGGAGCUCCGACGAGUACUUGUUGGAAAGGUUCGGAUCUGAGCGGAUAUCUGGCGUUGAGCACAACCUGAAGGAGACAAGAACGGGCGGUCAGGUAGAUGGCAUGGUGAAGCUCCGAGAUUUCUUGGGUCAGUACAACACAACGGAUAUUUACAUGGUUUCGGGAGUCCCGAAGAACAUGAUGAAGGAGGUUGAGUUUCUACCAUGCCUCCAGUGCGGCGGGUACCUCAGUUUCUUGGACACAAACAACUUCUGGAUGGGUCGCGGGGGCAGCAAAUCCGUGGUCCACUACGAUGACCAGGACAACAUCAACUGCAUGAUCGCGGGGGAAAAGCGCUUUGUGUUCAUGCACCCGUCAUACAAAGAAGCCUUUGAG